UUGAAUUCCGUUGGGUGACUUUUGUUGGUUUAAGAAACUGAAAAAGUCAAACCGAUGUUGACUAUAAAAACCUUCUGUUACUUGAUUUUUGAGAUUGUGCCUUUUUGCUUCUUCCCCAGUACCUUUUGCUUCUUCCCUAGUACCUUUUGCUUCUUCUUCCCCAGUUUUGCUUCUUCCGCUUUUCCCUCCCAUUCUGCAAUCUUUCCUUACCUCAAUUUUUUCGUUUCGCGUUCAUUUUUUCAACUUGUGCUUUAAAUUUUUAACAAUUUUUUUCAUUUUUUAGAGAAAACUCUUAUUAAAUAUUUUUAUUUUCUUCAAACCAACGAUCAAUAAAACAUCGCCAUGGACGAAGAGGUCGCCGCACUUGUUGUUGAUAAUGGCAGUGGCAUGUGUAAGGCUGGAUUUGCUGGUGAUGAUGCUCCUCGUGCCGUUUUUCCAAGUAUUGUUGGACGCCCUCGACACCAGGGUGUCAUGGUUGGAAUGGGGCAAAAGGAUUCGUAUGUGGGAGAUGAGGCUCAAAGCAAAAGAGGUAUCUUGACUUUGAAAUACCCGAUUGAGCACGGCAUUGUUACAAACUGGGACGACAUGGAGAAGAUUUGGCAUCACACCUUCUACAACGAACUUCGUGUUGCGCCGGAAGAACAUCCAGUGCUUUUAACUGAGGCUCCUCUCAACCCAAAGGCUAACCGUGAAAAGAUGACUCAAAUCAUGUUUGAGACAUUCAACACGCCUGCCAUGUAUGUUGCCAUCCAAGCCGUUCUUUCUUUGUAUGCUUCUGGACGUACUACUGGAAUUGUUCUUGACUCUGGAGAUGGUGUCACCCACACAGUUCCAAUCUAUGAAGGUUAUGCUUUGCCACACGCAAUCUUGCGUCUUGACUUAGCGGGACGUGAUUUGACCGACUACUUGAUGAAGAUCCUCACUGAACGUGGUUAUUCUUUCACCACAACCGCCGAACGUGAGAUUGUACGUGACAUUAAAGAGAAGCUUUGCUAUGUUGCUUUGGACUUUGAGCAAGAGAUGGCUACAGCUGCUUCGUCUUCUUCUUUGGAAAAGAGCUAUGAAUUGCCUGACGGUCAAGUCAUUACUGUUGGAAACGAGCGCUUCCGUUGUCCAGAAUCUCUCUUCCAGCCAUCUUUCUUGGGUAUGGAAUCUGCUGGUAUCCACGAGACUUCUUACAACUCGAUCAUGAAGUGCGACAUUGACAUCCGUAAAGACCUUUACGCCAACACUGUCCUUUCUGGAGGUACAACCAUGUAUCCAGGCAUUGCUGAUCGUAUGCAGAAGGAAAUUACUGCUUUGGCACCAUCAACAAUGAAGAUUAAGAUUAUUGCACCUCCUGAGCGUAAAUACUCUGUUUGGAUUGGAGGAUCUAUCCUUGCUUCAUUGUCUACCUUCCAGCAAAUGUGGAUCAGCAAGCAAGAGUAUGACGAAUCUGGUCCAUCUAUUGUUCACCGUAAAUGCUUCUAA